UGCAACAACCGCACCCAGUGUGCAGUGGUGGCGGGCCCUGACGUUUUCCCUGAUCCGUGCCCGGGCACAUACAAAUACCUGGAGGUCCAGUAUGAGUGUGUUCCUUACAUAUUUCUGUGCCCCGGGAAUCUGGAGGGAGUGUACCAAAGCGAGCAUCUCUUUGAAUCAGACCACCAGUCCGGCGCCUGGUGCAAAGACCCAAUGCAAGCCUCCGAUAAGAUCUACUACAUGCCAUGGACGCCAUACCGCACCGACACGCUGACCGAGUAUUCGUCGAAGGAGGACUUCAUCGCAGGCCGGCCCACCACCACGUACAAGCUCCCGCACCGCGUGGAUGGGACCGGUUUCGUGGUCUACGACGGCGCGCUGUUCUUCAACAAGGAGCGCACCCGCAACAUCGUGAAGUUCGACCUGCGCACACGCAUCAAAAGCGGCGAGGCCAUCAUCGCCAACGCCAACUACCACGACACCUCGCCGUACCGUUGGGGCGGCAAGUCGGACAUCGACCUGGCCGUGGACGAGAACGGGCUGUGGGUGAUCUACGCAACCGAGCAGAACAACGGGCGCAUCGUGGUGAGCCAGCUCAACCCGUACACCCUGCGCAUCGAGGGCUCCUGGGACACCAUCUACGACAAGCGCUCGGCCUCCAACGCCUUCAUGAUCUGCGGGGUCCUUUACGUCGUCAAGACCGUCUACGAAGACGACGACAACGAGGGGACAGGGAACAAGAUCGACUACGUUUACAGCACUGAGAAAAGCAAGGAAAUGCCAGCCAACAUACCGUUUCCAAACUCCUACCAGUACAUAGCUGCAGUGGAUUACAACCCAAGAGACAACCUGCUGUACGUUUGGAAUAACUACCACGUGGUCAAGUACUCGCUGGACUUUGGCAAUAGUGCAGUCCACGGUCCAGUCGCGCUCACGCUUGACGACGGCCGAGCCCGCCUGUGA